AAACUCCUCACGUACUAACUAGUCGCUACUGAUAUUCUAUGUGCAUGCACUCCACUGCUUCACUUAGUCGCCACCAGAAUCGAAAAUGUCCUCGCAUUCCGGGGGUUUGCCGAAAGAGCAGGAGCACGCAAUCAUGGUCUCCGCCCUUAAACAGGUCAUCUGCGGCGGCGGCGGCGGCAUUGCUUCCAGAAGCAGCGGACACUCUCGGCCAGCAGUUGAAGGUGGAAGUGGAACAAAGAAGGUUGUGAUAUCAAUUUCGGAUGGCGACACGUGCCAGGUGUGCAGGAUCGACGGCUGCCUCGGCUGCGAGUUCUUCCCGCCAAGCAAGCCGGACAAAGGGAAGAGGAUCAAGAAGGGCAAGUACAGGGGAGUGAGGCAGAGGCCUUGGGGGAAAUGGGCUGCGGAGAUUCGGGAUCCGCGGCGGGCGGCGAGGGUUUGGCUCGGGACGUUCAAGACGGCGGAGGAAGCGGCCAGGGCUUAUGACAAGGCUGCGAUCGAGUUCCGAGGAGAGAAAGCCAAGCUCAACUUCCCACUAAGCAGUGAAGCUGGUACUACUAGUGCAGCAUCGACUACGCAAAGCAUGGAGACUGGUGAGGUCAAUCAAGUCAACGCGAGUUCUGUGAAGUCAGCGAAUCAGGAAGAGGGACAGAGCAGUGAUGUUAAGGACGAAGACAUUGAUCGUUUCAUCUGGGAAAUGCUUAAAGAUCAAUGACGACGGCGAUGAAGAUUUAAGCACAUGGGUCAACUCAAAUUUGUUGAAUAAUAAAGAAAUUGAGUAAUUUCACUCAAUUUCUUCUAGGUAGGGGGUCAUCGUCGUACUAGGAGUCAACAAGCCGUAGCGGUUCAUAUUUAUUAGUUAGAAGGAUUUAGG